CUGGAAAGCGGGUGACAGGAAGUGGAGGUGCAAUGAGCGAAGUUGGAAGGGGAAAGUUAGGGGUAGCUGUGCUUGGCUUGGGGGAGAACAGGAAGAGGAGUUUUGCAAACCGUAAAAUGGAGGAAGGGGAUCUCAUCGUCUGAAGUGGGGAAAGGAGAGGAGGAUUCGUUUUUAUGAAAGUUCUCCCGUUCAACAAUGAGGUGAUAUUAUAAGCCCCCGAGCCCCGUUUGGGAAAAAGUGACAUGGCUUGCACAUUUAGGAAUAACAGUAAAUGGAUCUGCCUGCUUCUUCAGCCCGUGACUUCUCUAAUGAACCAAUCAGAGCCUCUAUUCCAAUUAUUAAAAAGAUGGUGUGCUGUUAUGAGUUGCUGUUAUAGCAGGGAGAAAGUACUCAUUUGGAAAAACAAAAUCCUCUUGAUGUAUGGCGGAAUCCUGUGACAGAGCAGUUUCCUUGACAACAGUCUCUCUGCCUCCUGGAAAUUGUUGGUAAACUUUGGCCUAAGCUCAUGGUCAAAAUUUGAGGAAGAAGAAGACUCUUCCCACCAUGUUUGCCUGUGAGACUUGGGGUAUCACUGGCCAGACCUCAGUCUACAAUUGGGACAAGUCUGUCUACCUCUUAGAAGAUAAAAUGGAGUCCAUACAGGGUUCAAGAGAGCUGGAUCUCCAUUUUAAGGUGCUGCUUGAGCAGGAGAUGUAUCCAGAGAUCACAAUUGAAGAGGAAGAGGAAGAGCCUGAGGAAGUAGAAGUAGAUGCUGAAGGGGAGGCAGAUGAAGAUGAAGAAGAGGAAGAGAGGGGAGAGGAGGAGGAAGAAGAGGAAGAAGAGGAGGAGGAAGAAGAGGACGACGGAGAAGGGGAGGAAGAAGAGGAGGAGGAGGAGGAGGAGGAGGCACAUCCACGAGGUCCUCAGCAAGAGGCAGUGGGAGCAGCUGAUGGAGAUGGCUCCCUCUUUGUGGUGUGUACUGGAACAGUUGAAGAGCUGCUAGGCUUAGAGACAUCACUAACUGCUGAAUCAGUGCAGCUAGAGGCAGUACAACCACAGCGCUGGGAGGUUCAGUGGGAGGAGGUGUCCCAAACUUCACAGCCUCUCCUCCCUGAAAUUAUAGAGUCACCAUUAAUAUCCCCAGAAGCAGACACCUCCAAUAUCACUCAAGUAGUGGAAGUUGCUGCAGUAGAGGUAGAACCAGAGGCCUUCCCAACCACUUUGGAGCAACUAGGGAAUAUUUCGUCCUCAUGGGGAGCAUCUUUCAUUGAAGAGAGCCACCGGGACCUUCAGCGUUCCCCAGCUAGUGCAGAUAGAGGGAGUAUUGGCAAAGCACGGACACCUUUAUCUGGAGGAGUCAAUUUCAGCCUGGAGACUGCUCGCCGGCGCUUCCGGCAGUUCUGUUACCAGGAUGCUGAGGGUCCACGAAAGGCAUGUGGUCAGCUCUGGGAGCUUUGCAAUCAUUGGCUGAAGCCAAAGAAUCGCACUAAGGAACAGAUUCUUGACGUCCUAAUCUUGGAGCAGUUCCUGGCUGUUCUCCCUCCUGGAAUCCGAAGUCAGGUAUGGGAAUGUAGCCCAGAGACUUGUGCACGGGCAGUGGCCCUAGCAGAAGAGUUCCUAGCCAAGCAGAAUGAAGCAGAAAGACUAGAGGAGGAUUUUGACUUAUUUGAGGAGGUAGUGGUGACAUUUCCUAAUGAAGACCAAGUCCUUUCAGAUACUGAGCAUGGAGAUAUAUGCAUGGAAACUGGACAGCAGGUUGAUGGAGACAUAUGUUUGCUUGAUUCUUCUGACACAGAAGCCACUUGGGAUUCUUCUGCAGAUGAAGCAAGAGGAGGAGGAGGUUCAGUUACAGAGUACUUGGCAGCAUCUCAUUGGCUACAGAAUCUUCCAGCAGGUGCCCAGACUCCCAACAGAGCAGAUCCCCAGGUGGGAUUUGGAGAAAGACCCAAUGGAGCAGUGCAGCAUUUGGCUCCGAAGAGGAUACGCAUAAGAGAGAAACGCCACCCUUGCAUUGAAUGCGGGAAGCGAUUUCGCUGCCAGUCAGAACUGGCCCUACAUCAAAAAGUCCACACCCGGCCCAAAUCCUAUCACUGCGCUGAGUGUGGUAAACAGUUUGGUCGAUCUUCACAUCUCACCAGGCAUCAGAAAACCCACAUGAGUGAGGAAUGCCAUAUCUGCACCGAAUGUGGCAAGCGAUUCCGGUGGUCCACGGAGCUAGUCAUCCACCAGAGAAUCCAUGCCAUUGAACAGCCGCACUACACCAUGGAUGCUGACACUUUGUGUCAGUGGCCCUCCGAGUUCAAUAUAACCCAGAAUAUUUUUACAGUUGAGAAAGCCCCUCCCAAUGGUGAUAUGGUAAAACCUCAUACAGUCAAGAAACCUCACCUCUGCCCUGAAUGUGGAAAAGGGUUCCGGUGGCCCUCUGAACUCGCUACUCAUCAGAAAACUCACAACAAGAACAAGCACUACCUCUGUCCUGAGUGUGGGAAAGGGUUCCAGUGGCCCUCGGAGCUGGCAGCCCAUCAGAGGACCCACGCAGGUAACAGUUUGUCUCCCAUUGCUGAUUGUGAGAACAGCAACACCCAGCCACCUCAUCACCCUCCCUACCCGCGAUCUGGCAUGGCAGAGAAACGCCAUCUCUGCGGAGAAUGUGGCAAGGCAUUCCGAUGGCCGUCGGAACUCGCCACACAUCAGCGUAUCCACACAGGGGAAAAACGCUACUUCUGCACAGAGUGUGAGAAGGGGUUCAUAUGGCCAUCAGAGCUGGCGGCUCACCAGCGAACCCACACUGAGAAGCAAGCUUAUCAGUGCAUGGAGUGUGGGAAAAUAUUCCAUGAUCUCUACAGUCUCGCAAGACACCAGAAGACCCACUUGGGAACCAAGGUCUAUCCUUGCACCGAGUGUGGGAAAACCUUCAGUCGGCAAUCCCAUCUGACUCGGCAUCGGAUCACUCACACUGGUGAGAGACCCUAUCCUUGUACCGAGUGUGGAAAACGUUUUGGACGACAGUCUCAUCUCACUCGGCAUCUAAGAAUUCACACAGGAGAAAGACCCUAUGAGUGUGGUGAAUGCGGAGUGAGGUUUAGGCGGAGACACAGCAUGAUGUACCAUCAGCGGAUCCACUUGAGAGAGUCCAGUGGAGGUCUGGACAUGAUAAACCCUCAUAACCCAGAAAGCCUUGUUGAUCCUCUCCAGAAUCCUAUCCAUGUCACAAUUUGACAUGUUGGGUGGUAGGGAAGUAAUUUCAGAAGGAACAUGGGAUGGGUGAGUGGGACACUUUGAUCACAACAUUUGGAAGGGAUUCCCGUGGUUGUAUUAUUUCACCAGGUUCUGUAUCACAGGUAGGGUCCAAGAGGCACACAUUUCAGGAUUCCAUACAGCCUGGCAGAGAAUGCUAGCACAACAGGGCCUAUGAAUUGUGUAAAUGCUGUAAAGGAUUCUGGGACAAGAUGCCCACACUGUCCUCUGACCAUGAGUUGCUUUGGGCUGAAAAGCAGGGCUGCCCCCAGAAACACAUCUGGUAACUUGUUGGCCACGUUAGCCCCGUGGUCCUAAUUUUAGAUCUGGCUCCUGCAGAGCUUUGGUAGCGGGAAAGAAACAUUUGAUAACCAGAUUGGGUAUCCCCUUGAUGCUCUUAGCAAGCAGAACAGUGUUUGUUCCCUGGAACACAUGCUUUGGUGGGGUGUUGGACAGAAUCUGCUUUUCUCACUUUCUUCACUUCUUUCUGUGGCACAUGUGGGUAAAGUCGGGAUGGUUUUGAUGAGAGAAGUCUGUGGGGCCAUCAUGUUGUUCCUUGCAGGACAGGGCACUCUUUGCUUUUACACUGUUCAUAUGUAGAAAGAAAUCAGUAAUACUUUCCCCACUCUUAUGCUGUUGCAGUGGGGAAAGCUGACCUUUCCCACUUUUUAAAAUAAUAAUAAUAAUAUAAUAAUAAAAAUCUCUUAUGUGCAAGAGUCUGAUUUGGAAUGAAAUCCAACAACCUGUUACUUCAGUGGCAAUUCUUCAUUUCUACCAAUCCUCCCAAGGCAAAGAAAUCAGCUAAUCUAUUUUGAAAGACAACAUGGCAGGCUCUCCAAAGAUACUUUUUUUGAGAUACUUUCACUCUCCACGGCACUUUUGUUUUUCCUUUCCUCUUUUCUUGGGAAAUCUGGGGUGAAAUUUCCUUCCUUCCUUGGGGGCCAAAUUACUUUUUUUUUUUUUAAAGAAAUAAGGCAGUGUUGGGCCUUCAGAGCAGGAGCUCUCAACCGUGGCAAAUUUCAAGUAUGUGGACUUCAGUGCCCAGGUUUGGGAAUUCUGGGAGUUGAAGUCCACACAUCUGAAAUUGAUCAAGGUUGAGAAACCCUGCUUUAAAGUAAAAGAAAAAGCACAUCCAUUUUUCACUAUAUUGCUGUAGCUUUUCCCCCAUCUGGGACUCUGCAGAUGUCUAGAAUUGCAUUUUUAACCUUAGCCACCACGGUCAUGCUUUUGGGGUGAUGUGAGUUGUAAUCCAACACAUAGAAAGAUAGCAGUUGUAGGAAGGCUGAACUUAUUUUUUGAGAGUAUUUAUCAGUGUUUUUUCUUUAAUCCAAUAAGGCCUUGAAUUUAAAAAAAACUACAUUGCAGUACAGUAAAUUCACUACAAAAUAACAGCUGGACCAAGCUGUCGUUUCACCAUCAACUAACAUUAAAAUUAUCAGAGAUGAUGAAAGGCUCUAAAACCUACAAUACUUCUAAAAUGUCAUGAGGAAUGACAAUAUCCACACAGCCUCCUCUGGAAGGAGAUCCCCAGUGAUGGUUCUAUAGGGGGGGGGGAAUUUUGGUACCUCCCAACGUAGCCUCUUGGAGAGAAUGUAAUCCAGCACAUAGAAAGAUAGCAGUUGUAGGAAGACUACACUAUUAUUAUUUUUUGAAAGUAUUUAUCAGUGGAGGUUUUUUUUUUUUAAAUGCAGUAAGUCUUGAAUUACAAAAAACUACAUUGCAGUACAGUAAAAUCACUACAAAAUAAGAUGGACCAAACUGUUUCACCAUCAAAUAAUAUUAAAGUUAUCAGAGAUGAUGAAAGGCUCUAAAACCUACAAUAUUUCUAAAAUGUCAUGAGGAAUGACAAUACCCACACAGCCUCCUCUGGAAGGAGAUCCAGAGUGAUGGUUCUAUGGGAAAAAAUAUUACUUUUUUUUUGUACCUCCCAACAUAGCCUCUUGGAGGGAAUGUAAUCCAGCACAUAGAAAGAUAGCAGUUGUAGGAAGACUGCACUAUUAUUAUUUUUUGAAAGUAUUUAUCAGUGGAGGUUUUUGUUUUUUUAGUUUUAAAAUGCAGUAAGGCUUGAAUUAAAAAAAAAACCUACAUUGCAGUACAGUAAAAUCACUACAAAAUAAGCUGGACCAAGCUUGUUUCACCAUCAACUAAUAUUAAAAUUAUCAGAGAUGAUGAAAGGCUCUAAAACCUACAAUAUUUCUAAAAUGUCAUGAGGAAUGACAAUAUCCACACAGCCUCCUCUGGAAGGAGAUCCAGUGAUGAUUCUAUGAGUAAAAAAUAUUUUUUGUACCUCCCAACCAUAGCCUCUUGGAGGGAAUGUAAUCCAGCACAUAGAAAGAUAGCAGAUGUAGGAAGACUGCACUAUUAUUUAUUAUUAUUUUUGAAAGUAUUUAUUAGUGGAGGUUUUUGGGUUUUUUUUUAAAUGCAAUAAGGCUUGAAUUUAAAAAUAAACUACAUUGCAGUACAGUAAAAUCACUAUAAAAUAACAGCUGGACCAAGCUGAUGUUUCACCAUCAAAUAUUAAAAUUAUCAGAGAUGAUGAAAGGCUCUAAAACUUACAAUAUUUCUAAAAUGUCAUGAAGAAAGACAAUAUCCACACAGCCUCCUCUGGAAGGAGAUCCAGAGUGAAAAAUUCUCCAGGAGAAUUUUUUUCUACCUCCAGCAUAGCCUUUUGGUGGAGGGAAUGAUUAGAGAGGUGAAGGGUGUGGGUUGGAAAACAGAUGUUGCCUUAACCUUCUAGCUCUGCAUUUCUGAAAUGGUUCAAUCCUAUGUUUAUUUACUUAGAAUUAUAUUCCACUCUUUCAGGGUGGUUUACUCCCUAAAACUAUUUGAACAUAAAACUAAGAAAGGAAAAUAUUUGGCCUCUAGAUAGGAACAAAAAAGAAUAUAUUUUUUGUGACUCUGUUAUCAAAUGUGAGCGGAGUUUUGAAACUGAAAUGAAAAAGGUCCUCUCAGAAGAGUUGGAGAUGAAAGGCUACACUUUGUGGCAGUUUUUGUUCUAGAUCUUCCCCCCCCCCUCUGUAUUGGCUUUGUAAUGAUAAGGGAGAACUCCCCACCAACAUUUUUUUUAAUCCGUCUUUGAAAGUAUGGAAUCCCUGAAAAAAGCAUCCUUUUGGAAAUAACUUCAGAAUAAAGAACUUUCACAAUUA